AUGCAUCUGUUCGGAGGGGAGCGGCGGGUGAACGACCAGCAUUUUGCCGAGCGCUUCGCGGAGGAAGCGGGGCUCACAGUGCUCUUUGCAACCGUAGACCUGGCGACUGAUCAUCGCUGGGACAUUGCUCGCGAAGACACUCAGCACGAGCUUUUGGGCAUGAUGUCAGGCUUCGUGGAUUUACUCAUGUUGGGCCCGCCGUGUUCCACAGUCUCCAGGGCCAGGCAUGCCGACAACAGUGUAGGAGUCAGACCGGUCCUACUCGAAAGCCGACCACUUUGGCUGGCAAUGCUCGGGGCUUCGAUCGUUUUGUCCACUGCGCUUGUCCCGGUGAAAGCUCUUCUCAUCGGCAUGGACGUUCAAUGGGGUUUGACAGUGAAGGCUUCCGGAGAAGGGCCGACGGGUUUCUUUGCAAAGGGGCCCCGGGCGCCUUUGGCUCCAUGGUCGGUGAGUGCCUCAGCUGAUCGCAUAGGAGUCAGGAUUUUGAACGAAGCCGUGGAGGAUCAUGUUCGAGUGCUGCUGGGGGAUGAUCAUUUAGGCCUCUACCUGCAUGUGGACGAUACGCUACUUCUCGGAGUGGGCGCAUGUGCUAGGCUGACGGGCCCUUUGAUGGAGGAGAUUGCUGACAACAUGGAGGCCGCAGGUUUCCGAGUACCAGAUCGGCGAUCGGGUGAUAAGAUCGCGAAAGUGGUAGGCUAUGAGAUUGAUGCGCAGAAGGGCGAAUUUUCUUUGCCCCAUAAGAAGGCCCGCUUACUUCAGGCCGCUUUCCUCGAAGUGGCGAGCGCUCGUUUCGUGUGUGUCGAAUUGCUCAGGGCUCUGGUCGGGAUCUGGAGUUUCGGUGCACAACUUAGACGGGAACUGUAUUCCAUCCCAUUUUCGGUAUACCACAUGUUGGACAUUUGCGAAGGCCAGUUUGUGCGUCUCUGGCCGUCGGUGAGGCGAGAGCUCAUCGCUAUGGCUAGGGCUGUGGACUUCAUGGUUUUGCGGGCCUCGGACCCAGUGAGCAGAUUGGUGUUCGCAACGGACGCCAUGGGAGCUGAUGAUGUGGAUUGUGGGGGUUAUGGGAUUUGCGUGGCUCAGGCUACUUACGAGGAGUUUGCGGCUCUGAUGUGGGCCGGUGAAGAGCCGGGGUUUGCCAUCUCCGAACAAGACCGGGGUCUGAAGGGUUUUCGCAAUCCUGCUGACAUGAUCAAGCUUACACGUCCGUUUUCGAGAUUGCCCCGGUCUUUGUUUGAAGAUUUUAGGUGGACUGAGUUGCAGGCGGGCCGAUGGCGGUCGGCCGAUCACAUCACCAUAGGAGAAGCCAGGGCUGUCACAAAGUGCUUGGAACUGGUUUGCCAACGGCCUUCUGCGCAUGAUCAAGUGUACUUUGCUUUGCAAUAUAACCGUCCGUGUGCGAGCGCAAUGACCAAAGGAGACCAAAGGAAGGUCCUCGUCAUGGGGGCUAAACUUUUACCUGAGGCGAAGGGCUGCGCUUGGGAUUGCAUGUGGAUUGCGCUUCAUUUUCUCGUGGUGCCAGGCCCGGGGGAGGGCUCGGGUAUGCAACAUUUCCGACCACACAGGCUCGACCCGCUUCAUGUGCACUCCGUCUUGAGUGACACUUACAAGCGCUACGAAAGGGCGGUUGAGAAGUUUGAGGUUUUCUUGCUUCAGAACGACGCGGCUCCUACUUCUGCUGCUGAGCUUGACGAGUGGUUCGUUUUGUUCCGCCGGGAGGCCUCUUUGACCAGAUCACAGUUCGAGGUCACCUUGGCGGGCAUCCAGUUUUUGGCACCGCGCUUAAAGGGAAAGUUGCCCCUUGCGAAGAAGGUCACCAAAGGUUUGGCGAUCGAGUACCCUGCGAAGCAUGCUUUCCCUAUGUUGUCUCGUUCGGCUAGGUUCAUUGCGAGUAAGAUGGCAACUGCAAGUGAGCAUCGUUUGGGAGUUUGUAUGCUACUGCAGCAAGCAACAGGGCUUCGUCCAUCAGAGAUGCUGGGUCUGUGCGAGCACGAUAUUAUUCGACCCAGUGACUUCGUGCCUCGCUAUGUUCUUCGCCUUGGUACCAAUGUGGGCACCAAGGUGGGGAGAGAGCAGACCGCGUUCUUUGACCCGGAACAGGACCCAGUGCUCGCCAUGCUGUUGUUUAGGUUGCUGCGGGCCACGCCCGAGCGGGGAUCACUGGCUGCUUGUGGAUAUGAUCACUAUAGGAGGGUGCUCGCUCGACACAGUGCAUGCUUGGGAGUGCAAUACUCGCCUCACUCUUGCAGGGCCGGCUUCGCAACAGAGGCUAUCAUCAAAGGCGAGGCUCCCGCCCUCGUGCAGAGGCGCGGUCGGUGGAAAUCGGAAGCGAGUUUCCUUGUGUACAUCGACGUGGUCACCGCUUUGCAGGUCGAAGCUGAAUUUCGUAGCAGGGCACUGGAUUCUGAGAUUGACGCGGCCUCGCGCAACCUGCUGGGCUGCUUCCCAAAGGGGUGCUUUGCAGUGGCAGCCCAUGGGCCUGCCGGUUACCGUGGCCAUCAAAGACGCCUCGGAGGAGUCCUCGGAGUACCAGCCGCCCGCUCCUUCGCGUCCUGUGAGGUCUCAGCCACGCCAACGGGCCAUGACUCCGCCUCCUCGAGCUCUUCAGUCCCAAGCUCGACGGCGCCACAGUUCUCACCGCGGAAAUGCGCGCGCAACUACCCGCGGAUGGCGGGGCGCUCUUCGAAGGAAGCAGGCCUCCUGGUUUGGCUGGAUUGGGAAGUCGUGCUGCAAGGGAGCGGCUCGGCUUGCAUGCUGGUGCUUUGGGGCAGCUUGGCCUAUGUCAUCACGGCUGGGCCGAUGCGUGAACUCUUGUUGCCGGUACAAAGCCUAUACUGGUGUCCACGGCGCAGGUUGGUGAGAGCGCUUCUGGAUGGUGGCACGCAGCUGGUUUCGGCUUCUACAAGCGUGGUUAAGGCGGCUUCGGUUAACACUCUAAGUGUGGCGCAGGCCGCCUGGAUUGGAGUGGACCUCGUCGGCAUGAACGCCACGAAAGUGGUUGGGCGAGUCUUGGGUGAAACAUCUGAGGCCAUUGAGCUCUGGCUUUUCUCGGCGCAGGGUCGCGAAGUGCUGCGGGACCCGGCUCAGGAAGCCUUGACUUUCUGGUUGGGGUUGCUGCGCUCGCAAACUUUCCACUUGCCGGUGGUGGCCGCCGAAACCGAGGCGCUGGUGCAGGUGACUACUGGACGGCUUCUGGGGUCGUCUCCUUCGCCUCCAACGGCCUCGUGGAUGCUUCGCAUGACUUUUUCGCCACGCUGGGCCAACCCUGUGUGGCAAGUGGGCGGCUGGAACGCGGAGGAUGAGUAUGAUCAGAUUUUGCUUCUCGCCCGCGACUUCGCUACUACCGUGCCUGCGGUCAACCACACGUGGGACCAAAUUUUGGCCCCGCCGCCCUCCUCAGCUCACUGGCCUGCCAUUGUGGGACUCCUGCGCCGCUUGGGGGCUCUUUUCGGGAGGCCGCUGCGAGCCAGCUGGCGCUUCUGGGCUUCCAUGUGGGAGUAUGGGACCAUGCGUCCGCUGGCGCUUGGAGGUUUGGUGCUCGUGACUGCAGGUGGCUGCCUUUGUGUUCGGCGUCUCGGCCCUCUCGCUGCACCUCCAGCCGAAGGACAACUUGUGCACUGGUGCAGACUGGUGGAACUCAUGUUGCUCAUGCGUGGCUGGAUGUUGGUGCGCGGGGGAUCGCUAGCAAGGCAGCUACUUCAUUGA